AUGUGUUGGUCCAUCAGGCACAGGCCCGAAGGUGUGGCUACUACAUUUAUGGAGGCUGCUCAUAUCUUCAAGCGUACUCUUAUGGUGUACAACCGCAACACUACGAAACAAAGGACACGGUCAAUAACAGCUACUCUCGAGAUACUCCAGCACUACUGUCAACUCGAUGAGAAGUACAUCAGGGAUAUAGGACUUCUGGACAGCCCUGCAAAUGCGUUUUUGGCGGAUAGCGGUUCUGUGCACAAGGCGUUCGACAGGUUCCUGUGGUGCCUGAAGCCUACAGAAAUUCCGAAUCAAUACGAGUUCAAGCACUACCACCCAUACAUUUACCUAGCGCGGGACAUACCGGCUCUGGUAGUGUUCAAGGACCACAGCGUCGAGGACGUUAAUACUGCAAUUUCCACGCAAUCAUCGACCGACAAUCCGUCCGAGCCUGGAACGUCGCGAGCUUCUUGCCACGGGAAACGUCCCCACGACGCAAUGGGCAUCGAACUGCCCGAUCCUGAACUGUUCAGGCUGCAUGCUGCUCUGGCCGGCGUGCUGCACACGAGUGGCGCGGCCGACAUUUUCAACCUGAUCGUGUACCGCCGAAACCCCAGCCAGCCGCCAGUGCCUAGUGCUGACGGCGAAGCGUUCUUCAAAGAGGUAGUGGAAGAUAACGAACUUGGAGCUUUGAGGCGGUCGAUUGCAGCGAUGUGGUCUAUUCCUUCCAAUUAG